AUGGAUGGAGUUAGGCAAUCUAGGAUCGUCGAGGGAGAUGCAGUCGCAGCAAUAAGCUACUUAAAGGGCAAGGCUGAGUUGGAUCCGAUGGCAGUUGUGCAAUACUCUUAUUGCGUUGAGAAGCACCUUGGGCACCUAUUUUGGUCAGAUGAUAACAUGCAGCGUGACUAUGAAUGCUUUGGUGAUGUGUUAGUAUUUGACUCAACGUACAGAAAAAACUUAUAUAACAGACCUCUUGUGAUAUUUUCGGGCACCAACCAUCACAGACAGACAAUUAUUUUUGGGUUUGGUUUGCUAGAGGACGAGAAGAUUUCGUCCUACAAAUGGUUGUUAAGUAGCUUCUUAGAAGUAAUGAGGCACAAGGAGCCGAAAGUCGUUGUCACAAAUGACGAUGAAUCCAUGCGAGAGGCCAUUAGAUGUGAAUUCCCUAAUGCAAUACAUAGACUAUGCACCUGGCAUCUUGCUCGAAAUGCAGUUGUUAAUAUCAAGGACAAAAAUUUUUGUGCUGCGUUUAAGACUGUUGUGUAUGAUCACUUUGAUGUGGAAGAGUUUGAGAAAUAUUGGGUGGACAUGAUCAUGUCAUUCGGUUUAGAGGACAACGAUUGGGUCGCAAAGACAUACGAAAAGAGAGAGAUGUGGGCAAAUGCUUAUUUGUGUGAGAAGUUUUGUGCCGGCAUUCGAACCACUUCUCGGUGCGAGGGUAUUAAUUCAUCACUUAAGAAAUUUAUCAAGUCGAAGAAUUGCAUACUUGAGUUGGUCGAGAACUUGGAUCGAGUAGUUAAGGAUUACCGGAAUAACGAGUUCAUUGCAGAUUACAAGACUCUUUACUCAAAUCCAGUGUUGACAAUGGGUCUUGAAACAUUGGAAAAAUCUAUGAGCAUGUUCUACAUGAGGAAAAUAUUCUAUGAGAUGCAAAAACAGAUCGAGGGAGUUAGGGCAUUAUUAGUGUUGCACAGGGAUAGUAUCGGUGGCACCGAGAAGUUCAUGUUCCGAAAGUGGUGCAAAGAUGCCAAGGUCGCCGAUAGUAAUAGUCAGCAUGCCUCAGUCAAUCCCACGGAUGGAUUUCGCGUUAGAUACGGUGCAUUGUGGAGUGCCUGCCUGUCGCUGUGUUUUACAGCCGCGCAAUGCACGGAAACAUACAACACUGCCAUGACAGAGGUUGCCAGAAUGUCGAUGGAGUUUAAAUCUCUAGGUGGCACAGGGCAAAGGAGUAGUCGUGUUCAAGCAAGGGUGGAUGAAACUCACAUUCUCGACCCAAAGGUUAUCAGGUCCAAGGGUGCACCUCGGGGGAGCACAAAUGCCAAUAAUGGGAGGCGUUGUAGGCUGUGCCUCGGAUUAGGCCACGACAGAAGAAAUUGUACUGCCAUGAAUGACGAUGUUGUUGAUGAGGAUGGUGGAUCCGGCUGUAGGCCAGUUUAUAAUUUCGGAAAGAGGUCACGAUGA